UAUCAAACCAUCCACCAAACAACAUCCUAACCAUCUGUUUUGAAUCUAGCCAUUCCAAACAAGAGAGAUUUCCACUCACGAACGAAACCCUAAGCCCCCUUUCUAACCAAGUCUCCUCGUUCUCUCUCCUACGAACAACCCUAGAUUCAGACGACGAUGGUCUCACCACUCUGGCCGGAAUCACAGUCAAGCAGCCCGUCUAUGCAACCUGACUCAACCCUAUCACCAAGGAUCUCUCCGCCAUCACCACCUUACUCGGCCUUCUUGCAGCCUCCCUGGCAAACACCAAGCAACACCCAAUCACCUUCUUGGACGCCACCUUCACCACCACACCCGAUGUUGAUGGAGUAUAUGUCAAUCCUGGAAACGGAAAUUCCAGCUGCCGGAAUUUCAGAGAUGAACUUCAAUAAGGUCGAUUACCUGCUAGAUACAACAGACAUCAACAACCUGCAAAUUGCGAGUUCACAGACGUUGAGGGAGAUGAUUAUGAAUCUGGACAAGGCCCCGGUUCAGUGGUUGGAUUUGAAGAUGUUAACCCCCGGUGGAGACCUUCUUCCGGCCCAUCUUUCCAAUUUCUCUGAUUUGGAAUUCCUACCGCCGGCAACAAGGAGAUAUUGUGCGUGGAGGAUGGACAAGCUUGCUCUCACCAACUCGUCGGAUAUAAUCCCGCUGGAACUCGAGUAUCUCAUGGACCCUCCCCCUCAGAUUCCAAAAUCAGGGAAAUCAUCUACCUACAUAAGAUCCCUGUCAUGCUCGAAGCUAGGGGUUGGACAAAUCAGUGAAAUUAAUUCAGUCUUACGGUAAUCAAGUUAAGGUACCAAUCUGGGUGAAAUGGGACCAUGGAGAAGUGCUAAGAGAGGCCAACACAACAAAGCUGUACGUGGGGCCGAUUCAAUCUGUGAUUCAAGAAGGGGAAGAGCCAAACAUUCCUCUCCCUUCCACCAAUCCUGAUAUUUUUAUCCUCUACUGGAAUGCUAGAGGUAUAGUGAGGUUGUCUUUCUCCCGUAACAUCUGUCAGUUAAUUGAACAACACCAUCCUAACAUGAUAGUCAUUUCCGAAACCAGAGUCAGUAAACAUAAUACUGCUGAAAUUGUUAGUCAACUUUCGUAUGAUGAGUGGGUUAUAAUUGAGCCGAUAGGCCUGUCGGGAGGCAUAAUCGUGUUGUGGCGCUCAAAUGAUGUGUAUUUUGAGCCAACAAGAGCUGAUAGGCAAGGGAUUCAUGGGAUUGUUCAAGUAUAAUAUUCAACCAAGUCUUUGAUCUCAACCACUGUUUAUGAUUAUUUGUGGAAUUGGAAUGAAAUUUGUAACAAAAUUGUGCACAAGUUGUGUGUGUUGGAUUCCAAAAGUAUUCUAUUUGAUUGGUCUCCCACCAUCAUCUGAUAUUUAGUUGAGCACAAGGCGCUCAUAGGAUGGAUUGAUAAGCAGGCAAGUAGGAGCACUAACCGUGCAGCUGAUAUGUUGGCAAAAGAGUGUUAUAGAAGUGUAAUAAAUGAACGGACUCUAUGUUGACUAUUUUCCAUAAUCCACCAGGAUUAGUAUCGGUUGUAAUUGUGGAGGAUUAGACCUGCGUAACCCACUUUGUAUGCACUAUUAAUUAAAUUAUGUUUUCCAUUUGUAUCAAAUCUGCAUUAAUCUUCCUGACAUGGUAGAAUCGAUAUUAUCUUAAAGAAAAUAUACACGAUUAACCGGGCUACGGUCUUGUAAUGUCUAAUAAUAUUGUAGAGUAUUCGUUUGGCAAUUUAAUACGUCAAGUAUUUAUCUGUGGAGA